AGGGGGCCGGAGAGGUGCCACGCUGAUCCUGCCAAAGUCCGAUGGCCGAGGAAAUGGCCGAUGGAGACGCCAGCCUGGAGCUGGAUCAGGAGAAAUACGACGCUGAUGAGAAUGUGAAGAUUAUCUGCCUUGGGGACAGCGCAGUGGGGAAGUCCAAAUUAAUGGAACGCUUUCUCCUGGAUGGAUUCAAGCCUCACCAGCUCUCCACAUUCGCCCUGACACUCUACAAGCAUACAGCCACCGUGGAUGGCAAGACGAUCCUCGUGGACUUCUGGGACACGGCUGGGCAGGAGCGCUUCCAGAGCAUGCAUCCUUCCUACUACUACAAGGCUCACGCCUGCAUCAUGGUCUUUGACGUCCAGAGAAAGGUCACCUACAAGAACCUGAGCAGUUGGUACAAGGAGCUGCGGGAAUUCCGCCCCCAGAUCCCUUGCAUUGUGGUUGCCAACAAAAUCGACGCCGACAUGAAGGUGACUCAGAAAGGCUUCAGCUUUCCGCGGAAGUUCAACCUACCCUUCUAUUUUGUGUCUGCUGCAGAUGGCACCAAUGUGGUGAAGGUCUUCAACGAUGCCAUCAAGCUGGCUGUGGCCUACAAACAGAAUUCAGAAGACUUUAUGGAUGAAGUCUUGAAGGAACUGGAAAAUUUCGAACUAGAGAAGAAGGGGGAGGACUCGACUGACAAAGAGGAGAACAGCCCAGAAGAAAACCCCCCGUCAACCUGAGGCCACGGAAUGGGGUGGCCUAGAUCCGCUUCCUCGAGUAGCUAGAGGCGCCCAGUUUGGCAGGGACUUGGGGGUGGGGAGCAGUGGUCCCUGCACAGAGGUGCCGGCCCUCCCUCCCUAAGGGAGGCAACCUGACAGAGAUCAGCUCUGCUCCUCUGGAUCCUUGUGGUGUGGAUGACCAGGCAGAGAACCCGUAGCAGUUCCCUCCCCUUAAGAAUGCUGGGGAGGUGGGGGGAAUAUAUGGUUUGGUGGGAGUUGGGCUCAUGGAUCCCCCCCGCCCCACAUCUUGGGGAUCUUCAGCCAUGAGCUAUUGUGGAUGGUGUCUACCUUCAUAAAUAAAUAUUUGAAGUACUUG